AUGACGAGCGAUUCCUCAAACAAUGCCAGCAAGGCGGAGGAGGCGCACGGCACGCAUGCGCACGUCCAGGAAUUCGGGCAUGGCAAGAAUUUGUCCGCCGCGCACUCAAAGUUCCUCAUGGAGCGAUAUGGCACCGUUGAUCUCGAGCCGUUGCCCGAUCCCACCUUGGCCGACCCUCUGAACUGGCCUCAGAGCAAGAAACUCAUCAACCUCGCGCUCGUGUCCUUUCACACCGGCAUCUGCUCCUUUACCGCGUCUUCCGUCAUCCCCGCGUUCGGCGACAUCGCCACCCGCCUCGGCGUCACCAUCCAAGCUGCGUCGUAUAUGACGUCGCUGCAAAUCGUCAUCUUCGGCGGCGCGCCGUUUCUCUGGAACCCGCUCGCGCGCCGCUACGGCCGGCUGCCCAUCUUUGUUCUCAGCCUGUUCGGCAGUGUCGCCUGCAAUAUUGGCUGCGCCCGCAGCCGCACGUACGGCGAGCUGGCGGCCUGCCGCGCCCUCGGCGCCUUCUUCAUCUCCCCGGCCGCGGCCCUGGGCAGCGGCACCGUUCAGGAAAUGUUCUUUGCCGGGGAGCGCGCGCGCUACAUGGGCAUUUGGACGCUCAUGUUUACGUUCGGCGUGCCCUUUGCGCCGUUUCUCUUUGGCUUUGCCGUCGAAAGGGCCGGCUAUGAGUGGAUCUUCUGGACGUUGGCCAUUACCAAUGUGGUACAAUUCGUCGGGUACAUGGCCCUCGGGUCCGAGACGAUAUAUAUCCGCGGCAACGGCGACGCGGCCACGCCUGUGCCACGCCGCCUAGCUCUCCGCCGCAUCGACCCGGCGCCGUUCUCCGCGCUCGAGUUCGUGUACCCCUUUGUCUACGCCGCACGCUGGCGCGUCGCUAUCCCUGCCAUCGCGUACGCCAUGGUCUUCCUCCUCUGCAACGUCGUCACGUCGGUCGAGAUCCCGCAGCUCUUUGCCGAAAAUUUCCACUUUGGCGCGCAGGCACUCGGCCUGCAGUUCCUCGCGCUCAUCGUCGGAAGCCUCGCCGGCGAGGGGCUUGCCAGCGUCGCCUCGUCAUGGUGGAUGGCUCCACGCGGACCUGAUAACGAGCGGCCACCGCCCGAGCGCCGCCUCUGGCUCAGUCACGUCGGAUACUCGUGGUGCCUCGCCGGUAUCGUCGUGUUCCUCGUGCUGAGCGCGCAGCUGAGCGUGUACAACGUGAGCCCCGUCAUUGGCGCGGGCAUCGCCGCCGCGGGCAACCAGGUCGUCACGACCGUCAUGGUCAACUACGCCGUCGAUUGCUACCCCGAGGACGCGGCGAGCGUGGGCGUUUUUGUCGCGUUUGUCCGACAGACUUUGGGCUUCAUCGGUCCCUUUUGGUUUCCGCAGUUGUUUGCCGCGACAGGUGCUGUAAGCGCAGCCGUAGCUGUUGGCCUGCUCAUUGCUGUGAGCAUCGUGCCAACAAUUGUGCUGCAAGUCGCAAGCCGCAAGUACAGUCUCAAACCCCGCGAGGACGGCAGCUAG